AGAAGCCUCAACCCAUCAACAGAUUCUGGCCAUUCAUUUUCAAUAGGUGAAAAAGCACAAGAAAUGGUAAAAAGGAGUAACUGACUCAAAAACUAUUCAAGGGAAGCUAAGACAAGAGGUUGAGAAGAAGAGAGAGAAAAAGAAAAAAGAAAGAGAGAGAGAAUUGCUUCCAUUCCAUCCCUCCUUCGUAGGAAGCUGAAGGGAAUGACAACAGCACCAACUUCCAAUUUCUAGAAUGGUAAUUUGCCAUGCAACACUUUUUUCCUUCUAAUUUCUUUGAGAUCCCACACAUCUUCUUCUUUCUGUUAUCUUUUUGAAAAAGAGAAAUUUUAUUAAAAAAACCGAAAUAUUAGCAUAGAUCCAAACUAAACUCAAACAUUAGACCCAUGCACUCAGCCUAAGAUAAAUCAUGCUAAGAAAACCCGGCACUGGAAAUACAUCAGGAAAGUCACCAUUCUUUCAGAGGCACCCAAAUCUAGAGACCAGCAGUUAGGGGAGAGGUGGAGUUUUCCGGCUGGUUCUUAAAUUGUGUGUUUCCAUGCAAAUAACUUUUUUGACUAGCCGGAAGUUCUUCAUGAGAUAAAGAAAAAAUGUCUUCAUCCUCUGAUACUGCUGCUGCUGCGUCACCAGAUUCUGCCUCUCCACCUUCAACAUCAAACUCAUCGUCUUCGUCGCCGCCAGCACCACCUCCGAAAUCAUCCAAAUCAGAUUCUCCUUCGCCACCUCCUCCACCGUCUGACGCACCAGCGCUUUCACCAAAAAGUUCGUCUUCACACCGAUCCCCUCCACCACCAUCUCAUAAUAGAACGCACAGCAAAGCUUCGCCAUCUCCACCACCACAUAAAUCAUUAUCACCAUCACACAAAUCAUCAUCAUCUUCUUCUUCUUCGUCUUCAUCUUCUUCAGAUGACAGCAGCAUAAGUCAAAAUCAGCUAAAAAUUGUAGUUGGAGUAUCCGUAGGGAUUGGGUUAUUGAUUGCUCUUCUGAUCAUCUGUGCAGCAACUUUGUGCAGGAGGAAGAAGAGAAAGGAUGAGCCUAUGCAUUAUUACGGAAACUAUAAGGGAGGCAGUGCUAAAUAUUACCAAAGCCCAGUUCACCAAAACUGGCAGAGUGAUCCCCCUAGAUCAGAGCACAUCAUGAAGCUAUCUCAAUCACCAGGCGCUGGCUGGCAUGGACCUCCUCCUCCUCCUCCUCACCAGAUGAUGAUGACCGAGGACAUGAUGAGUAGCAAUUACUCGGGUCCGCACCAUCCUCCCUUGCCACCUCCGUCGCCAGAUAUUGCUCUUGGGUUCAACAAAAGUACCUUCACAUACGAUGAGCUUGCAGCAGCUACAGGAGGUUUUUCUCAGGCCAAUUUGUUGGGUCAGGGUGGAUUUGGUUAUGUGCACAAGGGUGUCUUGCCUAGUGGAAAGGAAAUUGCAGUUAAGAGCCUCAAGUCAGGUAGUGGACAAGGAGAGCGAGAAUUCCAGGCUGAAGUUGAGAUCAUUAGCCGCGUACAUCACCGCCAUCUUGUAUCCCUGGUCGGAUAUUGUAUUGCCGGAGGACAACGGAUGUUGGUCUAUGAAUUUGUUCCCAAUAACAACUUGGAACAUCACCUCUAUGGGAAAGGCCUUCCAGUCAUGGGCUGGUCAAGAAGGUUGCGUAUUGCGUUAGGCUCUGCCAAAGGGCUUGCUUAUCUUCAUGAAGAUUGCCAUCCUCGGAUUAUUCAUCGCGAUAUCAAAGCUUCUAAUAUUCUUCUUGAUUGUAACUUUGAAGCCAUGGUGGCUGAUUUUGGAUUGGCUAAGCUGUCUUCUGAUACACAUACUCAUGUCUCUACUCGUGUCAUGGGUACAUUUGGGUAUUUGGCUCCAGAGUACGCAUCAAGUGGGAAGUUGACGGAGAAAUCAGAUGUUUUCUCAUUUGGGGUCAUGCUUUUGGAACUCAUAACUGGAAAUAGACCUGUGGAUCCUACAAAUGCAAUGGAAGAUAGCUUAGUGGACUGGGCUCGACCACUUCUAACUCGGUUCUUGGAGGAUGGCAACUGCCGAGAGUUGGUCGAUUUGCGGUUGGAGAAUAACUUCAACCCUGAAGAGAUGCAGCGCAUGGUUGCCUGUGCUGCUGCCAGCAUUCGCCAUUCUGGUAGAAAGCGCCCCAAAAUGAGUCAGAUUGUACGUUGCCUGGAAGGAGAUGUUUCACUGGAUGACUUAAGUGAAGGAGCGAAGCCUGGUCAGAGUACUGUGUUCAGUAGUUCGCCUGGCUCAGAAUACGGUGCAGAGUCAUAUAAUGCAGAUAUGAAGAAGUUUAGACAAGUGGCAUUAUCAAGUCAAGAAUUUGAGAGCACUGAACUUGCAACUUCAAGCACCGACUCCAGAGAGAUGUCCCCUGCAGGACGGAUGAACAAUUUAUAAGCAGCAGGCAACAACCUAUGAGAGCAUAUAUCGAAGGUUUACACAAAGCUUGAAACGCCCAAGUAUUGGCCUGUUUGGAGGUCAAGAACAACAAAUAUUACAUCACCAUUGAUUUAAAUUCAUUGUUGAUUUGGAACUUGUUUUUGCUCAAAGUGUUCAACAUAAAAAGUGGGGAUUGAAAAAUAUGGAAACCAAGAUCGCAAGCUUUCUGGAUCUUUCUGCAGUAAUGGAAUCGACAUGUUUCUUCGUUCAUGGUCUGAUGAAUUGUAGCAUUCAUAAUAGCAUGGAUUCAAAGUUGAGGAGCAAAUUUAGCUUCUACUGUGAGCAUGAGUAUUGUUUGUGUUAUAAUUAUGUAAAAUGUGAGUCCAUCACUGCUACGCAAUGAAUAUUAAGUUGUUAAAUCCUUUGGGAUUAUUUUGCUUUUCUCCCUCUUUCUAUUUCAUUGUAAAACUGUUUCUUCUUGUAGAAACUUUUUCAAUGAAACCUUUUUCAUCUUCA